AGACAAGCGGAAGUAACGCGAUAAUCUCUCAUCUUGAAACAUGCUUGAAUGGAGGUGACCUUAGUUGCUAAAUUGUAAAGAAACUUGCCGACAGAUUCUCUGUGGACUUUAUUGUCCCACCUUAAUAGUCCGGUUCGGUUCGGUCUGACUUAGUUUACAAAGCGGUUUUAAGAGUUUGUGCUUUGUUUGGAGCAUCCAAAGCGGGCGGAGAUGGCAGAGGCACACCAGACACGCGUUUCUAAUAUGGUCGAAGAAAUGGUCCAGAGUCUGGAGCGAGACCACAUCCGGAAGAUGCAGAGUCGCAUGUUCAGGUGCAGUGCAGAAUGCUGUGAUCGACCCUCGGACUCCAUAACUCAGGUGCAUCAGUGUAUCGACAAGUGUCACACUCCUAUGGCCCAGGCUCAGGGACUGGUCACCUCAGAGCUGGAGAAGUUUCAGGAUCGUCUGACGAGAUGCACGAUGCACUGCAACGAUAAGGCCAAGGAUCUGUUCGACUCGGGCGCGAAGGAGCCAGCUGUUCGCUCGCUCAUGGACCGCUGUGUGGGCAGUUGUGUGGACGACCACGUUAACCUGAUCCCCAGCAUGACCCGAAGGCUCAAGGACAAUUUGGAAUCUAUUAUGCAGUGAGGAGCCGUUUGGACGACUGAAGCCAGUCCUCGAGACGGCUUGGACUCAGAUGGACAAGCCGCGAUGAGGGCGGGGGGGUGUUCGUGACCCGAGGAACUCAGAGCUGGAAUCAAGUUCAGAGACUUCAGCAGUUAGUUGUAACAGAAUUUAAUGUUUUAAUCUAAUUUAUCUGCAUAAAGAGGGAAAACGUUCAGCAAUGUUCUUCAUGCCUUAUGUGUGACCGAGAUGCAACAAAUGAGUCAUCGUGUAUAAAGUACAUUUUAAAAUUAAUGUACUUUAACUGCAGGAUUUUAUAUUCAGAUUCUCCUGCUCCUCGUCCUGUCCUGUUUCCAUUUCUCAACGAGCUCUCCCGUGUUUCUUCUGUGAUAGUCGCUCAGGGUCAAAUUUGUUUCUUUAUAUGUAUUAAAACACUGAAAACUGG